AUGGUGAGCAGCUUCGCUUCCGAGCCCACCGGGCCCAACAAUGGCACCGCCGAGUCAACAAUCCUGGUUUUCGGCAACUACAUCGGUACAGCCGACACCAAAAAAGCCCUCGACAAAACCGUCCGCCAACUCUCCCAAGGCCCCCACCGUGACUGGGUCCUCGACACCAUCGCCGAACUCCCAAGCUACUGGGACGCUUUAGUUGCCAAGGUCCCCGAGGUAGCCACCGCCAUCCCCGACACCCCCAAGCGCCUGGUCGAUCUCGACUCCUGGUUCCGACAUGGCACAUCCGACCUCGCCCCCGAUGCCACCGUCCCCCGACCGGUGAUCGGUCCCGUGAUCGUUUUGUCACAGCUCACGCAGUACUGGCGCUAUCUCGAGCUGACGCAUCCCGGCGGCGAGCCUGUGCCUGACGUCCUCGCCAGCCGACUGGCGUCAUCCUCCCCAUCACAACUCCCAGCCUCGCUCGGCUUCUGCGCCGGGUUGAUGCCCGCCCUAGCCGUCGCGAGCGCGCACAACAGGCAGGAAUUCCAAAAAUACGCCGCCGUGGCCGCCCGGCUGUCGAUGCUGGCGGGCGCCUUGACCGACGCCCGCGAAGUACAGGACAGGGAGGAGAGCGAGAAAGGCGGGACGGUGUCCUUCGCGGCGGCGUGGGUUGGUCAGAAGCAAGCUGAUGAGCUGAAGCGGAUUGUUGGGGAGCUGUCGCCUGAUGCGUACACGGCUGUGGUGUAUGAUGAGGCGCGGGCGUCGUUGGUCACGAACGAAGCGACGGGGCCGUUGUUGGAGAAGAAACUUCGGGCUGCGGGGGUUAUUGUGGCUGAUACCGACUUUCGGGCCCGGCUGCAUGAUCCGGAUCCGGCGAGGGCGGAACACAUUGAUCCGCUGCUGGAGCUUUGUCGGGAGAUGCAUGGUCUGCAGUAUGCUGAUGCAGAGGGGCUGGCGUUGGCGACGUAUGACAAUAGUGGUGAUGGGAAGCGCGUGACGGAGGGGAAUAUGACUGCGUUGGUGCUGCGGGGUAUGUUGGCGCGGCAGGUGGACUGGUUCAAGACCUUUUCUGCCGUUGUCGGUGAGGCCAAGGAUUCGGUUGUUGUGACGAUUGGUCCGGAGCAGUGUGUCCCGCCAACCUGGCUGAAGAAGCUCGAUGGCAGGGCAAAGCAUUUUGACGAAAUCGAGGCUUCGUCUUCACAGGCGGCGUGGCCGACGGUGUCAUCCAGCCUGCCGCUGCCUGCGUCGCAGGCCGUUUCUGUUCCAGCCGAGCCAGCACCAUCAACAUCGGAACGGCCUCAGCCCCAGCCUGAGUCUAACACGACACAACAACUGCAGUCCACACAAGACGAAGCCUACGCCAACGCCAUCGCCGUCGUCGGUCUCUCCAUCAAAUGCCCCGGCGCCGACGACCUCGCCGAAUUCGUCGACAUGCUCAAGACCGGCAAGUCCCAACACGAGCUGAUCACCGAAGAGCGCAUGGAACGCAACUUAGCCUUCCGCACACCCGGCGACCCCGACCCACAGCGCAAAUACUACGGCAACUUCGUCCGCAACCCGGAUGCCUUUGACCACCGCUUCUUCAAGCGCAGCCCGCGCGAGUCGGCUGCCAUGGACCCUCAGGCUCGUAUGGUUCUUGAGGGUGCUUACCAGGCCGUGGAACAGUCGGGAUACUUUCACGGCCUGAGUGAUAGCAAGCAUGUUGGUGUGUACCUGGGCACGGCAGGGUGCGAAUACGACUACAACAUUGAAUGCAACGACACCAGCGCUUUCACGGGAACGGGGUCAGCGAGGAGCUUUAUCGCGGGUCGGGUCUCGCAUUACUUUGGCUGGACAGGCCCGACCAUGACCUUUGAUACGGCGUGCUCGUCCUCCGCCGUCGCCAUUCACACGGCCUGUCGGAAUCUGCUGUCUGGCGAGUGCACGGCUGCUCUGGCGGGCGGGUGCAACGCCAUUGCCAACAUCAUGUGGUUCCAGAACCUCGCAGCGGGCAACUUCCUCAGCCCGACGGGGCAGUGCAAACCCUUUGACGAGUCCGCCGACGGUUACUGCCGCGCUGAUGGCUUUGGAUUUGUGUUCCUGAAAAAGCUCUCAGAUGCCGUGCGAGAUGGAAACCCUGUCCUAGCCGUUAUUUCUAGCACGGCCGUCUACCAGAACCAGAACAUCACGCCCAUCUUUGUGCCGAACUCGGCUUCGCUCUCGCAGCUGUUCGGGGACGUGGUCCGUAAGGCUGACAUUACUCCUAAGGAUAUCUCGCUGGUCGAGGCCCAUGGGACGGGCACAGCGGUCGGUGAUCCGGCCGAGUACGAAAGUAUCCGGAUCGCCCUUGGUGGCCCGGAGUCUGGCCGGACCAAGAACCUCCCGAUCGGCUCGGUCAAGGGCCACAUCGGUCAUGCUGAGGGGGCGUCGGGUGUGCUUGCGCUCAUCAAGGUGAUCAUGAUGAUGCGCGGUGGUUUUAUCCCGCCCCAGGCCAGCUUCAAGAAGAUCAACCACAACAUUAACGUCCGCUCGGACGAUAUGAUGGAAGUUGUUACGAAGCUGCGCACUUGGGACGAGGACCACAGAAUCGCCCUGUUGAACAACUACGGCGCGUGCGGGUCCAACGCCAGUUUCAUUAUCGCACAACCCCCGAAAUCUCUUGCCGGGAGCAGCGGCAAAUUGACCAUCGGCGAGGCUUCUCAGUACCCUUUCUGGAUCCCUGGCCUCGAUGCCCGCGCCAUCUCAGCCUACUCUGCCAAGUUGGCUGCGUACUGCAAGUCCCUGCCUCCGUCGACGACACUCGCCGACCUCUCGUUCGCCGUCAGUCGCCAAUCCAACCGCACCUUGGGGCAGGGCCUCAUCUUCAGCUGCCGGUCAAGAGCCGAGCUCGAAGACAAGCUGCAGCAAGCAGCACUCGCAUCGGAUAAAGCCUCAGCCGCCCAGAUCGGCGUCACAUCCGUCAAGGCCGAGCGGCCCGUGAUCUUGUGCUUCGGCGGCCAAGUUUCGCGAUUCGUUGGACUAGAUCGCACCCUGUACGACAACGUCGCCGUGCUACGCAAGCACCUGGAUGACUGCGACGCGGUGGCCAAGUCUCUGGGUCUGGGAAGCAUUUACCCCGAUAUCUUCUCCACAGAGCCGAUCGCGGACACCGUCAAGCUACAGGCUACCCUGUUUGCCACGCAGUAUGCCUCGGCUAAGGCGUGGAUGGAUUGUGGUCUGGAGAGCAAGAUUGCCGCCGUCGUCGGCCACAGCUUCGGAGAAAUUACCGGAUUGUGCGUGGCUGGUGCUCUGAGCCUAGAGGAUGCGAUCAAGCUCGUUGCGGCCAGGGCCAGGCUUGUCCGUGAUUCCUGGGGAUCCGACGCUGGCGCUAUGAUGGCCGUCGAAGCUGACGAAGCCCUCGUCAAGGAGCUCCUGCAGGAAGCCAACGGCUCUCCCAACUCGGACGGCCUGGCCAGCAUCGCAUGCUAUAACGGCCCACGCAGCUUUACGCUAGCUGGUUCCACGGCUGCUGUCGAUGCCGUCCAGCAAACCCUCGCGGGUAAUGCCAAGUUCUCUGCCAUCAAGAGCAAGCGCCUCAGCGUAACCAAUGCCUUCCACUCGGCACUGGUCAACAACAUUGCAGAUGCUCUCGGUGCGGUUGGGAAGGGGGUUACCUUCCACAAGCCGACGAUCCCUGUGGAGCGCGCCACGGAGGAGGCCAACACCACACUGGACUGGUCUUUUGUCCCCACCCACAUGCACCAGCCCGUCUUCUUCAGCCAUGCCGUCCAGCGCCUGGCGAAGCAAUACCCCCAGGCUGUCUUCCUCGAGGCCGGCUCCAACUCCACCAUCACCGUCAUGGCCAGCCGAGCCUUGGCCCAAGCUAAUGUCGCAACCCAAGACCAUCAUUUCCAGGCCGUCUCCAUUACCAACACCCAGAACGGCUUCAACGGAUUGACAGACGCCACCGAGGCGCUCUGGAAGCAGGGCCUGCGCGUGUCAUUCUGGGCCCAUCACAAGCAAUCAACCCUUGACUACGCCCCGCUGCUCUUGCCGCCGUACCAGUUCGACAAGUCGCCUGCAUCCCGUCACUGGCUGCCCGUCAAGUCGGCGUCCGAGGUGAUCCAAAAGGCCGCCGAGGCGCUCCUGAAGCAACGAGGUGCCCUUUUGGCUCCUCCUCCCGUCUCAUCAACUCUCGAUCCCAAGUUGAUGGCUCCGUUCGAAUUUGUGGGAUACCAAGACAAGCACGAAAAGACCGCUCAAUUCCGCAUCAACACUGCCUCCGAAAAGUUCCACACUCUUUUCGCAGCCCACGUCAUUGCCCAGACUGCGCCCAUCUGUCCGGGCGUGCUGGCAUGGGACCUCACUCUCGAGGCCCUGUUCAGUCUGAUCCCCAACUCCAAACAAGACGGCCUCCUCCCCGUUGUCCGCGGUUCCGUCUUCCCAUCGGCCCUGUGCGCCAACCCCGCCCGCGUCGUCUAUCUCGAGCUGUCCGCCGUCGACGACACCAACACCAAGCCAUCGACAACAAAGCAGAGCCAAUGGAAAGCCCGCAUGUUCAGCCUCGACAAAUCCAAAGACGGCACGGCAUCCGCCGAACGCUUCCAACAAACCCACUUCGAAGCACGCGUGGACGUCAGCCCCCCCACCUCCGCAUCCUACAUCCAAGAAUUCGCCCUCUUCGAGCGUCUUGUCAACCACACCCAGUCUCUCGACCUCCUCCAGCUCAGCCUCAACAACAACGCCGACGUCGAGGUCCUACAAGGCCGCCACCUCUACCGCGCCUUCACCCCUGUCGUGGACUACGCCGACGUUUUCAGGGGGGUCAACUACCUCGUGGGCCGAGGCACCGAGAGCGCGGCGCGGGUGCAGCUCGACCGGCAGCACCGCCGCACCAACACGUGGCUGGACACGCCACUGGCUGAUUCGUUCGCGCAGGUAUCCGGGGUGUGGGUUAAUCUUAUGACGGAUUGCCCGGUGGAGGAUAUGUAUGUUGCGAGUGGGUGUGAUAUGAUUAUGCGGUCGCCUAAGCAUACGGCUGCAGAUCGGGCGGGGACCGAUGUGUGGCAUGUGUAUGCGCGGAAUGCCAGGCAGCAGAGUGACGCGGCGUAUGUGACAGAUUUGUUUGUGUUUGAUGCUGCGACGGGGUUGUUGGUGGAGGUUAUGUUGGGGAUGCAGUACCACCGCGUGAGCAAGGCUUUGAUGAGCAGGACGCUGGCGAGGUUGACUAAAGAUGAGUCGGUUCUGCGUGUUCCAGCCUCGACUUCGGCUUCGACUUCGGCUGCGGCUGUCCCAGCUACUCGGAAGGUUGCGGACGGGCCGAAGAAGAAGGUCAAGGCACGCUCAUCCGCGAAGAAGGUGAAGGCAGCCUCAUCAGCCUCAUCAGCCCCGACUUCCAACAGACGCGAUCUCACCAACGAGGUGCGCGACUUGGUGGCUCGCGUUGCUGGCGUCGAUGCAGACGACCUGACUCUCGAUGGCGACAUGGCCGACUUCGGCAUUGACUCCCUUAUGGGCAUGGAACUGGGCCGCGAGGUGGAAAGGGCUUUUCAGUGCACGUUGAACCAGGAGGAACAGCUCGCAGCAAGCACUCUGCGCAUGUUUGUCGCUUGCGUCGAACAUGCGCUCUUCGGAAUCGAUGCGGAUGUUCCCUUGGAGGAGGAUGAAAGCGAGGAGCUUGAGACAUCUGAUGAUAGCAUGUCUUCCGAUGGCUCGUCCUUGGUUGUCAUCGGUCAAGAUUCGGACAUUUCGACCCCCGACAUGUGCUCUGAGGACGACGAGCCUAUUCUGGAAAAGAAGGUCACGAAGGUUGCGGGGCCUGCUGCCAAGGGCACUUCACCACCCGCAGUCACCAACCUGACCCUGUCGCCGUCCGAUAUUCUCGACGCCUUUGCCGAGGUCAAACUGGCAGCCGACACGCGCAUCCACGAAUUCCACGUCGAGAACACGGAGAAGGCCCAAGUGGCCGGCAGCAACCGUCUCUGCGCAGCCCUUGUGGUCGAAGCCUUCGACCAGCUCGGAUCUCCUCUUCGCACUGCCUCGGCCGGACAGGUUCUCGACCGUGUCCCCUUCCAGCCUCGCUACGGCCCGCUGAUGAAGUGUAUUUACGAGUUCCUUGAGCGUGAUGCGCGCCUCAUCGACAUCGAUCCGGCAACGGGACAAGUCACUCGCACCCACUUCCCAGCCCCGGCGAAGACGAGUGAUGUCAUCCUCCAAGAAGUGCUCGCCCAGCAUCCCGAGUAUGUCCAGGCUAACCGUCUCGUUCACCACGCCGGGAAGCAUUUGGCCGGCGUGCUCUCUGGCAAGACGGACGGAAUUCGCGUCCUUUUUGGUAACCCUGAGGGCCAGGCAUUGACAGCGGCGAUUUAUGCGGACUGGCCCCUCAGCCGGAUGAACAAUGCCAAUCUGCGCGAUGCAAUCCAGGGCGUGUGCGAGCGCGUUCGUCAGCGAGGAACGGGAGAGACAAUCAAGAUUAUGGAGAUGGGCGCUGGCACCGGUGGUACCACCCAACUCAUCUUGCCCGUGCUCAAGAAAAUGGGAAUUCCCGUCGAGUACACGUUUACCGAUCUCUCUUCCUCCAUGGUCGCUGCUGCCCGUCGUCGCUGGUCGAACGAGUAUCCCUUCAUGCGCUUCGCCGUGCAUAACAUCGAAGAGUCGCCCGCCGAACAUCUCCGCGGGAACCACCUCGUGCUCGCCGGCAACGCCGUGCACGCCACCCACAAUCUCGUCACAUCACUGACCUACAUACACCAGGCCCUGCGGCCGGACGGCUUCAUCCUGCUUACGGAGCUAACCCGCGUGGUCCCCUUCCUCGACCUCGUCUUCGGCCUGUUCGAAGGCUGGUGGCUGUUUGACGACGGCCGCAAGCACGCCAUCGUCCAGCCCGAGCACUGGGAGAAGGAGAUGCACAAGGCCGGCUUUGGCCACGUCGACUGGACCGACGGCAAUCUGCCCGAGAACUCCUACCAGAAGGUCAUCCUCGCCAUGGCCUCCGGCUCCCAGCUCCCACAACACCUGCCCAAGCCCGCCCUCGCGCCCGACGCCGCGCUCAACAAAGGCAACGUCCCCGCCCGCACCGCCGAAGCCGAGCGCCUCCUUGCCAAAUACAUCAGUGGCUGGGACAAGCCGCGCCUGCGCACACUGAACACCAGCAUCAGCACCAACAACACCACCGGCAGGCGUCCCGGCGCCGUCGUCCUCGUCACCGGCGCGACUGGCAGCCUCGGCUCGCACAUCGUCGCCAAACUCGCCGUCGACCCAGCCGUCUCCACCGUCGUCUGCGUGAACCGCCACAGCAGCGAGCCCGUCGCCAAACGUCAACAAGAAGCCUUCACCUCGCGCGGCAUCGCCCUACCCCCUAGCGCGCGCGCCAAGCUCCGCAUCCUCGAGACCGACACCUCCAAGCCGCAGCUCGGCCUCCCGCCGGCCGAGUACGCGUGGCUGGUGCAGAAUGCCACGGCCGUCGUGCACAAUGCCUGGCCGAUGAGCGUCACGCGCCCGAUUACCGGGUACGAAGGCCAGUUGCAGGCCAUGCGGAAUUUGCUGGAUUUGGCACGGGAUGCGGUGCUUGCGAAGGGGGGCAAUGUCCAUCACUUUGCGUUCCAGUUUGUGUCGUCGAUUGGUGUGGUGGGCUGCGCAGGUGUGCCCCGCGUGUUGGAGCAGAGGGUGCCUUUGGAGGCGGCCCUGCCGCGGGGGUAUCCCGAGGCGAAGUGGGUGUGUGAGAGGAUGUUGGAUGAGACGAUGCAUCAGUACCCGGUGCUGUUCCGGCCGCAUGUGACAAGGGCGGGGCAAAUUGCCGGGUCAUCGGAGAGCGGAUAUUGGAAUCCGGUUGAGCAUCUUGCGUUUGUGGUGAAGUCGGCGCAGGCUGUCAAGGCGUGGCCUGAUUUGCACGGGAGGAUGCAGUGGAUGCCGGUUGAUCAUAUGGCGGGUGUGUCGGCGGAUUUGGUCAUGAAUCCUGCUGCUUCGCAUCCGGUGUACCAUAUUGAUAACCCGGUCGGGCAGCCAUGGAAGGAGAUGUCACCCGUGUUGGCACGCGCGCUGGGCAUCCCGGCCAAGGAAAUUGUUCCGUUCAAGGAGUGGAUUCGGCGCGUGCGAACGUCGGCGCUGGCGGACUCAGAUAACCCGGCCGCGAGGCCCGGCAUGGUGGAUUUCCUGAUGGCCAACUUUGAGCGCAUUGCCGGCGGGGACUUGAUCUUGGAUACGGCGAAGGCACAGGAGCACAGUGCCACGAUGGCCGCGGAGGGACCUGUGAGUCCGGAGUUGGCGGUUAAGUAUGUGGAUGCUUGGAAGAAGAUGGGGUUCCUGUAUUAG